CAGGAACUCGUUGUAGAUAUUGUGUCAUUCAGUGUAUUACCAGACAUAUUAUACCAAUUUUACAUAACAAAUUGCCAAAUCUCUGGCAAGUUACCUGUCAAGUUUACAGUUUUCAUUGGUUUGCAUUUGUGGUGACAAUAUUUUGGUUUGCUUGUAAAGUAGCCUAGGCCUAUAUAUUUAUAAUCAUCCACAUGUAGACCUAUCGAUCUCAGACAUCAGUCGGGGAGGCUUCGAUGUGCAUGUAAACUCACGAGAUCUACUUUGAGUAUAUUACUCCUGAGUGUGCUCUUACUCCUGCCAGAUACGAGUAAUAUUUUGAGGUAUUUACGUCUACUCGCGUUUUCAUGUGACAGACUCGCAUGUUUUGGAGUCGUCGAUGCCUCCAAUGACGGAGCAGUGACGAAUGGCAGGCUCCGAGUGUAUUCGCCUCUCACGUGAAAGCACAACGGAAGACCACAUUCAGCCACAGUUGGCCUUCUGCAGGGUGAAGGUGACUCGUCUAGCCGCUGAGGGGAGAGCUGCAGAGAGGGAGCUGCGAGAAGCCAUCCGCUACUCGCACUCAUCCUGCAAGCUGAACAUUUUAGACCCUGUAGGAACAUCGACAAGAGCCUCCACCUCGGCUGCGACCUCGGGGGAUAUUAUAGAUAGGCUGUCCGCUGGGUUUUAUCAGUGGCUGUGUAUGCAUGUGUUCUGCUCCGAACGGGCGCAAGAACCGCCCCAGAUCCGCAGCGAACAUUUUUCAGCUCAGCAAACCACUGCAGAGGGACCCCGAACGCCGGGAGAGCACCGAGAGCACGCGGAAAGCCCAGCGGGCCGUAGGCGAAUGUAGGAUGACAGUCCAAGAUUUCAACACUCUCGUGGCGCUGUACCGAGAACAGGUCAUCACUAUUGGGGAGAUUUCGGCCGAUUGUCCCUCUUUACGCGAGGCGUUGCACCGCACCAGGACCAAAGGAUGUACCAUGGCCCAAGCUGCCCAUCAGAACCUCACCGUGAUAUCUGGAUCUGGGCCAGAGGAUGGGGAGAUCCACCCAGAGAUCUGCCGGCUCUUCAUUCAGCUGCAGUGCUGCCUAGAGAUGUUCAUCACGGAGAUGCUCAAGUCCAUGUGUCUACUGGGAGUGCUACAGCUCCACAGGAAAGGAAAAGAUUCAUACCCAGAGCCCAGGUUGGACUUCAAGAUGGAUGAGAGCUCUGAUGUGCCCAUUCUGGAGGAGCACUCCUCCUCACCUGUAGACUACCAACAUGAGUCCUGGCUGGUGUGCACCGAUAUUGAAAACAUAGAGAGGGACAUGCGAGAGAUGAGAAACCUGUUAAGCAAACUCAGGGAGACCAUGCCUUUACCACUGAAAACCCAAGAUGACAGCAGUCUGCUGAAUCUCACUCCAUAUCCGCUGGUCAGGCAGAGGAAGAGGCGCUUCUCUGGGUUCUGCUGCCUGGUGUCCAGCUGAGUGCCUGAUAGGUCCUGCAGGCAGCAGCAAGGGGAACACACCAACCCUACCCAACAUCUUACAUGUUUUCCAACUUAUUACUGCCAUUUAGGAAAUUAUAUAUUUUUUAAUCUUAUGCUGAUCAGUCACUUUACUUUUGAAUAGGAUUCGCUGUAGAAAAAGCUAUUCAAAGGAUAAUGAUGUUAUGCAUAUUUUGCUAUUAUGUUAUUCAAGCCAUCUCCCUUUGUAGAAAAGGAGAACCUUUAUAGGUCUAUAGGCAAGCCCAAACAGAUGUGCCAAGCUGAUGACAUAAGAGAUUCAGUAUGUUGGUAGACGGCUUCGCCUAAACUCUGCCUUCAGACCUCUUCCUCAGAAUGUCAUUAUAUUUAUUUCACUGUGCAAUGCUUCUUUUGCAGUCUUCAAUGAAAAGGAAAUCGGUCUCCAACAUACAUUUUCCAUCAGAAGGGCUUUGCAAUGUUACUCCUAAAAGCCAUUUGUCAAUGAAUGUAAUUCAAAUAUAUAAACAAUGGUCAAAAUUCUGUUUUGUAUGAAACUUUCUUUGAAUCAUUUUUUAUUUAGAUGAUCUGAAGAUGUCUCCUGUAAAUUGUUUGCAUCUAUUUAUUUUGUAUGUCUUGGCAGAAAGAGUACAGCAUGAAUAUUGCUCAAAGUAGUGUUUGUAGUGUAUAGAUGUUGCGCUAUAGAUUAUUCUAUGAAUGAUAGUAUGUAUAGGCCAUUUUAUAAUGUGAAUAAACAUUUUUGCAUAGAAAUAAGAGUUUUUGUCUGGUUUAUACAGUGGCUCUGAUCUGUAGUGUCUUGAUGUUUGGAUUCAGAGCCAAUACUUGAUGCCCAAUGGGAGCAUACACCCACCUAAAAAAAAUACUGCAGUAUACUAUGGUUUACAGUGUCUUCAGAAAGUAUUCACACCCCUUGACAGCCUGAAUUUAAAAUGUAUUCAAUUGAGAUGUUAUGUCACUGGCCUAGACACAAUACCCCAUAAUGUCAAAGUAGAAUCUUGUGAACAUUGUUGACAAAAAAGAAAAGACAAAUCGAUUUUUAUAAAUGUGGAAAAAGUUGAGGGGUGUGAAUACUUUCUGAAGGUAUUGUGAAUAGUAUAUUAUUUACUGUAGCAUUUUUGCGGACUGUAUUGUACUAUUCAAUGUAGUGUUUUUGUGGACAAAAGUCAGCAAAAACACUACAGCGAAUACUGUAGUAUUUAUAAAUACUGUUGUAAAAGAAAACUGUAGUAUAUACUAUAAUUCAUGUACUAUUUUUGCAGAAAGUAGUAUACUGU